AUGGAUGCGGAUAUGGAAAUAGGAGCUAUGGAUAUGCUCAGUAUGGAUAUGGAUAUGACAUUGGCAGCUAUGGAUAUGCUCGGUGUGGAUACGGACAUUGCAUUGACAACUAUGGAUAUGCCCAGAAUGGAUGCGGAUAUGGAAAUAGGAGCUAUGGAUAUGCUCAUUGUGGAGGAGCUUCAGAAACGCCCCCAGCUAACUCCAAGAGGUUCCAACAGCAGCAGAGACAUGGUGUCUGCGCUGGAAAGACGUGUGAGUGAGUUGGAACAGAACAGGUCGGCGCACCAUGAGAAGCAGGCACAAACCCGACAGAACACUGGGGGGAAAACAGUGUUUCCAUAUUUGGACAUAGAGAGGAAGGUUAAAGGAACGCUGGGGAAGAUAUCCGACCUGGAGAUACGUGUAGGGAGGCUGGAGGAGGCCCGAUCUAAGAUGGGGGAUGCUGGAACACCUCAGGUGAAGGGUACCCGGAGACAUCGUGUAACCAAUAAACAAGAGAUCGGCAAUACCCGUCCGGGCAAAGUGGGUCUAAGAGGAGAAGCCAAAGGCACACCAACAAGAGUAUCUAAAAUAGAAACACGAAUGGACCGACGGGAACCCCAUGAAACAAGAACUGGUAAAGCUGAGAGAAGACAUGGAGUGAUGCACUUUGGCCAGCUGUCACGUGAUACAGUCCCAUUCAGAUCUGUGAGCAGCAGCAGCGAUGCCUCUGACAACGAUGGAGGUGUCAGGGAGCUAUAUCUCAGUGGGUCAUCCAGAACAGUUCUCUGUCCAUUACUCGGCCUGGAUGUACAGGAACACAGGAACAGCAAAGCAGAACACAAUUCGUUACUCAGACACAAAAUGUCCCUCGACAAGCCCAAGAAGAUGUGUGCUACCACUGGCGUCCCCUAUACCGACAGCCCACAGUACUGGGAAGUGCAAGCAGCUGUCAAACUCCUUGAUGUCCUCAAGCCAGGCCACAGCAUCUUUGAGAUAACCUUGAGUCAACAGACCAAGGAGGCUCACAGGACCCUUGACCACCAGGACGCUGUGAGGAUGAGCCUCUCCUACUGCAAGGACCAUGAAAGGGUCUGCGUCAUGACGACGACGGGGCGUGACGUGUACGUGAAACAUGACACGGAUCUUAUCAAGAAUAUCAAAGACGUACACACGUGGAUCAGAUUUGAAAUUGGCAUUCUUGUCGACAGAAAGAAGAAAAGCGCAGCUUUUCUCAAUCUCCGACAAAAUGCGAUAUUUGCUGUUGUCAAAGAUCCCCGUCGCUACUCCGCAUCGCAGCUCUUGCGUGAUUCACAGUCGUGUGUACAUGUUGGCAGACUGCAUAUCGACUGGUCAGUGAGGAGUGACGAGACACAGGAGAGUGACAAGAGACAAGGAGAGUGA